AACCAACGUCGCUCUCUUUCGCUUCCGGCGAGGUACGUCGUGCUGUCGCAUAAAAGCCACGUGCUACGAAAUAAGUUGAGAAAAUUAUAAAAUCAUGGAUAAACCCGUGGUCCUCGCCCGUGUGAUCAAAGUCCUAGGACGUACCGGAUCUCAAGGACAAUGUACGCAAGUCAAAGUUGAAUUCAUCGGCGAACAAAACCGUCAGAUAAUCCGCAACGUGAAAGGGCCGGUCCGUGAGGGCGACAUCCUGACCCUCCUCGAGUCCGAGCGCGAAGCUAGAAGGCUUCGAUAGAACUGUUCUGACCCAUGGAGAAUAACUGAAAAGGUUCCUGCAAGAAGAAGUAUUCCAUUUCACCGAAGUUGGGCUCGCCAAAUUGGAAACCAACCACUUUUGUACCAUGGCGUCCGAUCCGUUUGAAAUUCUUCGAUUUGCUGUACCAAACCAACCCAACAUGUAAUAAAUCUUUCGCUGGCAACCACAAA